GCCGCCCGUCACGACGCCGCCUCCCCGCCCCGAGCCCACGCCCAGGCCCACGCCGGCGCCCACGGAGGAGACGCCGGCGCCCACGACCACCACGCCGCCGGCGCCGACCCCCCCGCCGCAGGGCCCGCAGGGGGAGUGCCUGAUCUACGGCGACCCCCACGUCAUCACCUUCGACGGCUCCCGCGCGAGCUUCGACAGCGCGGGCGAGUACUGGGCCGUGAAGAGCGACACGGUGUGGAUGCAGGGCCGCUACGCGCCCACCGUCGUGACGAACGGGCUCUCCGUCAUGAAGGAGAUCGCCAUCGGCGGGCCCUUCCUGAAGAGCAAGGACGGCAGGGACAACAUCCUUCGCGUCUCCGCCCUCAGCGCCACCUGGAACGGGGUCCCCAUCAUCCCCGGCUUCCCGGACCGGUGGGACAGCCAGGACCCGCCAGUGCAGGUGGUCACCGACAGCUCUGGCCAGAUCCUGCAGAACGGUCGCGCCGGCAAGGACAUGCACGUGGUGCACGUGACCCUGCCGCUGUUCAUCACCGUGCAGAUCAACCGCUGGAACGAGCCCGGCGAGGGAGAUUACAUCAACGCGCGGAUCGUCAUGUCCAAGCAGCCCAACCAGGACGGCCACUGCGGGAACUUCAACGGCAACGGUGCGGACGACACCCGUCCCCUGAUCCGCAGCCGCAUCGGCACCAACGGCGUUGACCCCGCGCAGCUCCUGUACCGCACGAAGACCCCCGUGCACGCGCCGAAUCGCCCCGACCUCAACAACUGCCCCACGGUGAAGGCGGACCACGCCCGCAAGGUGUGCGAGGAGAAGUCGGCGAACGGCCUUGCCAGCGAGGAGUGCAUGAUCGAUGUCUGCUUCGGCGGCGACGCUUUCGCGGAUCACGAUGCGGACAUGUAA